AUGGUCCCCGGCCUCUCACAAGAUACGAUCAAUGGCCUAAUGACUGCAUUUGGUGGUAUGAUGCGUCAAGAAAUGCAGAGAUUUGAGCAGAGAUUUGAGCAGAGAUUAGAGAGAAUCGAACAGUUUUUGGGCCCCGCACUAUACCAAAAUCCUACUUCAUCUCCCAAUCCUAUUCCGCCUCCCAAUGCGACUCCGCUUCCCAACAUUGAAAUACCACAGCAGGAACUCUCUCACACGAACGACUCGUCCUACCAUACAAAUUCAGGCCACUUACGAGCAGAGGAUGUGGGAUAUUUCGAUCUGCAACAGGUAAAUGUGGAGAAAUUUACGGAGAAGACUAUGGAGAAGAACAAGAGCACGGGCAUCGGCAGUCCUAUUCAAGCGGGCACACUCUCCACAAUUGCACACCAGGCCACUAUGCAUAAUUGCGGAGAACCUUCCUCUCGCCUCAGCAAUACACCAGUUUUCGCCACCCCUCUCGCCUCUCUUCUCACCUCUCUUCUCGCUCUCGCCUCUCCGCCCGGCUACAUUCGAUUCGCGAAGGAUAUGGAGGCUAUAGGCCAAGGAUAG